AUGGCCACCGCCAACGAUUCUUAUUCCAACCAAUCUUCUUGGGGGCCUCUUGACACACUGCAGGCCUUCCCCAGCCCUCUGGAAAAGCCGGUCCCUUAUUUCAUUACUGCUUUCUUGUUGUUUGUCUUUUAUUUCUCCAUCCAGCAGGCGGAGCAGACACCUCACACAGAUUUACCCAUUCUCAACCCGCGGCACAAGUGGGAUUUCGCCUGGGUGAAAGUCAAAUGGGAUUUUAUCUUCAAUGUCCGGCACAUUGUGGAAGAGAGGACGAAGACCAGUCCCGAUGAGCCAUAUCAAGUUCUCACGGAUGCUGGGGAUAUGACGAUUCUCCCUGCAGUACCCUUCGCCAACGAAAUUCGCAACCAUGAAGAUCUUAGCUUCGACCGCGUUUUGGAUAAGGCAAGCGUUCCUCACGAAUGGCAGACUGUUGUAAUUAGGGAGGAAAUGCUCAAAAUCGUAGCCCGAGUUUCCACUCGCGUUUUUGGCGGUGAGAAGCUUUGCCGCAACCAGGCCUGGUUAAAGAUCACUUCCGAGUAUGCCAGAACCAGCUUCCUCGCCUCCGAACUCCUCAGGAUCUUCCCCAAACCUCUCCGCAGCCUCGUCCACCAAAUCAACCCUUUCAGCCGGAGACUCCAAGCCCAGGUGAAGGAGGCCAGGGAUAUAAUCAACCCCAUUGUCGAGGAGCGUCGGAAGGAGAAGAAGGCAGCACUGGACCGGGACGAAGAAGAACCCGAAUACAACGAUUGUCUCGAGUGGUGCGAGGAGUCCUCUGACGACGCCAGCUCUGAUCCUGCGAUGAUGCAGCUGGGACUCUCUUUUGCCGCUCUUCACACUACGUCUGACCUGAUCACACAAGUCAUGCUCGACCUUGCCAAGUACCCCGAUUACUUUGAGCCCCUUCGCAAGGAAAUCACUGACGUUAUUCGCACCGACGGCUGGUCUCGUAUGGGUCUCUACAAGAUGCGUCUCCUCGACUCUUUCUGUAAAGAGACUCAACGCCUCCAUCCCAUUGGUAUCGUCGCGAUGCACCGUGAGGCUACCAAGCCUAUUACCCUUUCCAACGGCCUAGAACUUCCGGAGGGCAGUCGCAUCGCCGUCAGCUGCCAGCGAAUGCGCGAUUCCUCUGUCUACUUGGACCCCAGCCGCUUCGAUGGACACCGUUAUCUCCGAAUGCGUGAGUCUCUUGGCGCCGGCAACGAUGGAGCCGCCCAUUUUGUUAGCACCUCGCCUGAACACCUUGGGUUCGGCCAUGGCCAGCAUGCCUGUCCUGGUCGAUUCUUCGCCGCCAAUGAGGUCAAGAUUGUUCUCUGCCACCUCCUCCUCAAGUACGACUGGAGAUUGGCAGCAGAGGCUCAGCCUAAGUCCAUUAAUUUUGGCUUCACCAUCGAGGUUGAUCCCAAGGCUAAGCUUGAGAUCCGGCGGAGAACUGGCGACUUAGGCAUGAAAGCAUAG